AUGUCAAGAAUUCCUCCACAUCGUCGUUAUACCCUUCAACCAUCAGCAAGACAAGUUUCAUCGAGUUCUCGGUACGCAGGUGACGAUCCUUGGGUUAACGAAUUAUUAAAUCGUGAAAUUGAUUUUUCGAAAUUAAUUCGCCAACGACCAUCAAUUGAAAUUGUCAAUCCAAGAAUUAAUCAUAUUGCGUAUGCUCCGAUCAGAAGAGAAAUACAUCAUCAGUAUCGACUAAGACCUUCAACUCAACAUAAUUCAAAUUCGUUAAACUCAAAUUCAACAUCACGAACAUGGAUUAUUGAUCAAACAAAUCAACCUAACAAGCAUUUACCCAAACACAAUUCGCACAAAAGGAGUUUUGAUGAAGAAGAAUCACUCGUGAGAUAUCAAAGAAGAUUUAUACCUUCCAAACGAGAUUCUUCAUGCGUACAUGAUGACGACGAUGGCGAAAACAGUGAAAAUAAAACUCUGUGGAAUUUAUACAGUAGAAAAGAAAAACGGAAUAUUUUGAUAUAUAUCAUCGGAAUAAUGUUAUACAAAUUUGGUUUAGAAGCGUUUAACGGUUCGAUCGUUAGUUUGGCAGCAAAUCGCUACGAUCGUGAUGCCAUGCAAAGUGGAAUGUCGGCGAAAACAUUUGAAAAGGUCGGGUUAAUAAUUGGACUAAACCAAGCUUGUCAGUGUAUUGGAUCGAUUCUUAUCGCUCCGUUGAUCAAACGUUGGCCGACGCGAACGGUUUUAUCCAUAUCGAUAUUUCUAUUUUCCAUAUUCGCCGCAUUGUUAAUGAUCAUCGACGGAGCGACAGGCGGAAAAAUCAAACCAAAUCCAUUUUAUCCGAUGCACGAACACGAUUAUAGCUACUAUGGAAACUAUCCGACUAAUCUCAUCAUUCCAAUUUAUUGUCUAACUGGAAUUGCAUAUGGAAUGGUCGAAUUAAUUCGGCGUAUCAUCCCCCGGGAUAUUGUAGGAAGUGAUGAAGAAAAAUUACAACGAAUGGAUGCACUUGUUCAUGUGUUUUACGAAGUUGCUGGCGUCAGUGGGGCGUUUGUAACCGGGCUCGCGUUAAUUCCUAAACUUGGUAACAAUUAUUCUUUUAUCAUAACUCCAAUCCUUUUUACUCUAUCCGCGAUUGUUUGGUUCUUUAUUAAUGCACUUGGAAGCAAAACGAACCUUUCUAACGAUGAAAUUCCAGGCGGACAAGUUGUUAAUGAGAAAACUAAUUAUCUUAAGGCAAUUUUAAAAGGUUUUGUUCUAUUUGGCGAAUCGGUUUAUAUCGGAGGAAAAAUUAUUUUCUCUAAUCGAAAAUAUAUCUGGUUAUUACCAUGUUAUACUCUGACCUUAUACGUUCAUCGGUACAUUGAAAACGGUCUUGCUCCGCAAAUAGCAAAAAGAUAUUUGAAUAACAGCGAAUGGUCACAAAUUAUCGUUGGAGGAUCGAAUUUUGGUGAAUUGCUUGGUGCAUUAGCUGUUUUCAUCUUCACAAAGAAAAUUCAUAGUCCAAUCGUCUGGUUAAGAUUAGAUUGUUUAUUGUUGUUAAUUGCUUGGUAUAUUCCUUUUUAUAAUCCAUCGUCAAUAUCGAUAAAACAUGCGUGGAUCAUUGCGGCAACAUUCCUUCCGUUUGGUUUUGGUUCGGCAGGUGAUGAUGUUUCAUUAAAUGCGCAUAUCCAGUCGGUUUUAAGUAAACCGGAAUUGAAAAACCGUGAUGUUUCGUCGUUAGGUGCUGUGAUGGCAUUUCUCUAUUCGUCAUAUAUUAUUCUUUAUGCGAUUUGCAAUCCUCUACUCGGAAAAUAUAUCGAUUCAGUUUACAACGCAAGACAAACCAUUCGACCAGCGUUGAUUUUCACAGCUGGAGUACAAAUUUCGGCUAUUUCGUUUGUGAUUUUACUUUCGACUUUCAUUCCGAGGAAGUCUUGGAAAUUAAAUCCCCGUUUAGAAGAAUAA